CAUAUAUAAUAUUGUCCCCCAAAGUGCUUUUCCCCUGCAAGAACCCAUCAAUUUAUACAUAUACAUGCAUAUAUCUCCACCAAGUUCAUAUAUUUCACCUCCCAAUCAAUCCCUGAAACCCUAUCCCUCUUCUGUAGCCUUCACUAAAUCCCCAUUAAGAUGCUCAAUUUGAAAUGGGGUCUUCUGAUUUGUUUGCAUAUUUUCAUCAAAAGCAUCAUUAAUGGCAGUUGUGAUGCCAGUUUCUCUUCAGAUCCACACACCCAGCAGCAGCUGGACAGAGUUAUAUCGCUUCCAGGCCAGAACUUUGAUGUGGGAUUUGCACACUAUUCUGGGUAUGUCACGGUCAACGAGGAAUCUGGGAGGAACCUGUUUUAUUGGUUCACUGAGGCUGCUGAUGAUCCUUCUUCCAAGCCUCUGGUUCUUUGGCUCAAUGGAGGGCCUGGAUGUUCUUCAAUUGCCUAUGGGAUGGCUGAGGAAAUCGGACCUUUUCACAUUGAGAAAGAUGGGAAGACUCUAUAUCUGAACCCUCAUGCUUGGAAUCAAGUUGCCAAUAUACUAUUUCUCGAUUCCCCUGUUGGAGUUGGUUUUUCAUAUUCAAACACUUCAUCUGAUUUGCUGAACAAUGGAGAUAAAAGGACCGCUUCUGACUCUCUGGAGUUUUUGCUAAAGUGGUUUAAGCGUUUUCCCCAAUAUAAGGGAAGAGACUUCUACAUCACAGGAGAGAGUUAUGCAGGACAUUAUGUUCCCCAGCUAAGCCAGGCCAUUGUGCGAUACAACUUGGAAAAACAGGAAAGAAUAAUAAAUUUAAAAGGUUACAUGGUUGGUAAUGCUUUGACAGAUGAUUUACAUGAUCAUUUAGGAGUUUUUGAGUUUAUGUGGACAACUGGUAUGAUUUCUGACCAGACAUACAAGCAGCUGAAUCUUCUAUGUGACUUCCAGCCAUUUAUACACUCCUCAGAGCAGUGUGAUAAGAUUCUUGAUAUUGCUAGUGAAGAAGUUGGAAAUAUAGAUCCAUACAGUAUCUACACACCUACAUGCACUGCCAACUUUAGAUUGUCAAGCCCACUUUUGAAGAGAUUGCGAAUGGUUGGUACCGUUGGCCGUACAUAUGAUCCAUGCACUGAGAAGCACUCAGUUAUCUACUUCAAUCAACCAGAGGUACAAAAAGCACUUCAUGUUCGCUCUGCAAAUUCACCAUCUAAAUGGGAUACUUGCAGUGAUCUGGUAAAUAAUAAUUGGAAGGAUUCCCCUACCUCAGUGCUCGACGUUUACCGUGAGCUUAUCCAUUCAGGACUUCGUAUUUGGGUUUUCAGUGGCGAUACAGAUUCUGUAAUUCCAGUUGCAUCCACCCGGUACAGUAUAAACGCUCUCAAGCUUCCAACCGUAAGGCCAUGGCGCGCUUGGUAUGACGACGGGCAGGUGGGAGGAUGGACGCAGGAGUACGCCGGCCUGACUUUGGUCACAGUGAGGGGAGCAGGCCAUGAAGUCCCCCUGCAUAAACCCAAGCAAGCCCUCACACUCUUAAAAUCCUUCUUGUCGGGAGGCUCUAUGCCGGCAUUCGAGAGAAUCAGCGACUCUUGAAGACGUUAUUUUUUACUUCAUAAUUGCGGGGCUUCAAACUUCUUCCCUGAAAUGGAAGAAGAAAGAACAAAGAAGCUUCUUUAUCACACAUUUAAUUACUUGAUGCAACCAAACAUCUACCAUUCCUCAGUUCAUUGUGCACUGUCACUUUUGUGAUUAUUUCUUCUGGCCAGUGGGCAGUGGCCACUUUCUUAGAACUACAAACAUAAAAACGAAAACUGGGGUCACUUUCUUAAGAGUGAGCAUUUAAUAAUUUUUACUCUUUUAACUUUCUGAUUGAAGAUAUCUUCUUGUUAAUAAAUCAAGUUAUUUUAAUCACAAUUCUUUCACUCCUUAAAUUUUCAUUUACAGGCCUUAACCUCGAAGGGUUAGGGUGGGUUUGGAUACAUUAAUUAAUUAAUGGGGUCAUUAUUUCCAUUUUUAGAGUACAGUUGAUAAAUAUUAAAAUUUUUCAUUUAAUUCAAUGUUAUUAUUAUUGGCUUUUCAACCUCAAACCAAUUUCAAAUUAAUGGGGUCUUAAAUUAAGAUUCAAUAAGUUAACAAGAAUCUUGGAAUUAUUAUUCUUGUGCAUUUUUUCGUCGUUUGUGUUUUUGAUUUCGACAAAGAAAGUAAAUUACAGGCGAAUUUUUGGUCAUUGUCUAAGUUGAGUAUCGAAUUCGUGAUCAAUUGAUAUUUGUUUCAGCAUAUCAUUUUGUUUUAAGUCCUAACAUAUCACUUAUCAAUUAUUUAAUUUAUGUUUUGGAAGCAAGCUAAGCAGAAUCCUAAUUAUUAUAGAGAAAAUGAGAGAAAAGAGUCAAUUUUUUGCUUUUCUUUAAAUUGGGAGAAGGAGAAAAGAAAUCAAAAAAAGAAAUAAGAAGUUAAUUUAUUUUACUUUUUUUGUAUUAAUUUCCUGGACUCCGAGAAGGAGUUGCAAACAGAGAGUCUUAAAUCUGGGCUUUUACGAAUGAAUGAAUGGGUUCGUAGUCUGAAAUCGAGGCCCAAAGAGAGAGAGAGAGAGAGAGAGAGAGAGAGAGAGAGAGCGAGAAGACUCUGUGGCGAAGCGGCAACCAUGGUGGUUGCCUCCGGAACCAAUACCUUCGCCAAGGAAGUAGCCAUCCGCAAGCGCAUCGCUAACAUGUA